AUGUCUACCGAAGUAUCUGAACCCGUUGACUCAUACAAGUCACAGUGGGCUCGUUAUGUGUCGCGCACAACGUUUGAGAGGGACGUCCAAUUGGUGUCAUCGAGGUUGCGUGACAUGAAAUCGGGCACGCCGAUCCCCAACAACGUUGCUGGCCUCGCCGAGCUCACCGAACCCGUCACCACCGGAGGCCUCACCCCGGAGAAGCCCGGCGAGUUCAGGGUGGGCAUCGUGGGAGCCGGCGUCGCCGGCCUCUUCACCGCCCUGUUGCUCGACUGGGUGUGCGAGAACGUCAAAGGUCUCAAGAUCGACUACGACAUCCUCGAGGCCUCUGACAAGACGCGGUUCGGCGGACGGCUGUUCACGCACUACUUCGAUGACCCACCCAAGCGGGUGCACGACUAUUACGAUGUCGGCGCCAUGCGCUUCCCCGAUAACACCGUCAUGGACAGAACUUUCCGUCUCUUUGAAUUCUUGGGCAUCAAGAAGAUAGAAAAGGGACAGCCGAACCCCCGCAAGCGGCCCGAGGACCCUCCCGUUCUUGUGCAGUACUUCAUGGAGGACACCAAAGAUGUUUGCCCCUCGCUGUUCAACGACCGCCGCACUGUCGGCCGCGUCUACAAAAUGGAAGGGGUCGUAGACCCAUACGAUCUCAACAAGGGCCUCCUAGAAGAUCAAAGGAUACCCGAGAAGUUCCUCAAAGUAGACCCCAACACACUUUUCGAGGAAGCCAUUCGUCCAUACAUCGAUGCCGUGAAGGACGGCCUGGACAAGCGCAAGACCGACCCUUCGCUCGAUGCUAGUUCGGUCAAGACUAGCGAAGCCAAGGCGCCAGGCGACGAGGAGUUGUUCUGGAAAAUGCUACGGCAGUCGGACCGGAUGAGCGUUCGCCAAUUCCUCCUCUCCAAAGAAAACCCGUCCUUGGGGAUCACAGGGCCCGGAUAUAGCUACAAUACCGUUGAAUGGAUGGAAACGGCAACCUAUGGAACCGGAUGGUAUGACCAGUCCCUCACGGAAGCCGUCCUGGAACACUUGGAUUUCGCCACCGAAAAGCCUAUCAACGAUUACUGGUGGUGCGUGGACGGCGGCGCGCAAAAGAUGGCGGAGGAGAUGCGCAAGAAGCUCAAGAACCCGGACUGCAUCCAGUUCAACAGCCAGGUCGUUGCAAUGGACGCCCACGCCAGCCCCAACCGGGACAAGGCGGAGCAGCUCUCCCUCAAGAUCCGCAAUACCAAGGCGAAGCCCGACAGCGGCGGCGCGGAAAGGGACGAGAGAUAUUUUACCGUUUUCAACUCUACGACUCUUGGGUCGAUGGGUCGCAUGGACCUGUCGAAGGCCGGUCUGCUAUGGGAUACCAAGCAAGCCAUCCGCUGCUUGGGCUACGGCGCUUCGUGCAAGGUUGGCAUGAGGUUCAAGGAGGCCUGGUGGAGAAAGAAGCCCUUUAACAUCACGCAAGGCGGUCUCGCGCGGACCGAUCUCCCGCUCCAGGUCUGCGUCUAUCCGUCGUACAACAUCCAUGACGACGUCGACGAGCCUGCCGUGCUGCUGGUGUCCUACACGUGGGGCCAAGAGGCCCAGCGGAUCGCGAGCCUGAUAUCGUCCAACUCGCCGGCCGGGGAAGAAGAGCUCAAGAAGGUGCUCCUCCACGACCUGGCGAUGCUGCACUCCGGCGUGGCGAGCCCCUACGAGGACACUCUCGCCCUCAUCUCCGGCCUCUACGACACCCAUCACGCGUACGACUGGUACCGCGACCCCCACAUGGCGGGCGCGUUCGCGUACUUUGGGCCGUGCCAGUUCUGGGACCUCUACCCGGCCAUCACGAAGCCCAACGCCUUCGGUCAGCUGUACUUCGUGGGCGAGGCGGCCUCGGCGCACCACGCCUGGGUCGUCGGCGCCCUCGAGAGCGUCGUCCGCGCGGCCUGGAGCAUGUUCAACCUCCUCCACCAGGGCAGCCUGAAAGAGCUCGGCGGGGAGGGCUACAAGCCGUACCUCGACGCGAUGGACCUGCUGGAGAAGGACGCAAAGGAGGAGGGCGGAGAGCGGCUCCCGUUUUACCCGCUGCCUACGGAGCUGCCCAUGCGCCGCAAGGGACAAAAGGCCGGCGAACUGAUAGACCACCCUGACUAUCAUGACGGAAAGGAGACGCCGAUGAAGUUCGGCGCCGCCCUGAGCAUCCUCAGCGUCAUUGAGUGCUUCAUCGAGGAGUUUGAUAAGAUGGAAGGGGUGCAGUCGUUGAUGGAGGUUCUAUGA